GCGCAAAACGCUGCUUCUGCUCUCAAAGUCUUUACAUGAGAUUUAUGGCCGCCAGAAAAGGAUAUUGUAAAGAAUAGGUCCCUGUAGAUCCACGUUUGCGACACCAGUGCAACUCGACGGAAGCUUGCGUUCCAGUCAAGAACAGGAAGGCUUUAGCCGAGAGCUCAAGCUAGCUGUUGCCUUUUUCCCCCCUCAUUUCUCGUUUUCUCACUGACUUCAUUCAUUUUCUCUCAUUCUUUUGUCUUCUUUUUGAGCAGCAGCGCCGUGCUCUAUUCAGUUUGGGUGUUUCAUAGAGUGGGGAGAUGAGACACGAGGACAAAGAUGAUGCACCCCAUUCUGCAGCUAUGUCCGUCUCAGAAGGGAUGCGAAAAUAUGGAAGCUGUCUCUCACCGUAUGAAAGGCAUGAAAUAUCAAGCUAUCCCGUUAUUUACUAUUGCGGACAAGGCUGCACUGACAAGAUAAACGCUCCGACGACGGGUCCCAACGACGGCUAUGAUACUAGCGACGGCGAGUAUAUCUUUCACGCCAAGGAUCACAUAGCAUACCGCUAUGAAAUAUUAGAAGAGCUUGGCAGCGGCGCAUUUGGCCAGGUCUUGAAGGCUAUUGAUCACGCUGACGAGCAGAUAGUUGCGGUGAAGCUAAUUCGCAACGAGAGGAAAAUACUACAGCAAUCAGCGCAGGAAAUCAAAAUCCUCGAGCACGUGAACAGCCGCGAUCCUAAGAACCUCUACGGCGUUGUCCGCAUGAUCGAGAAUUUUUCGUUUCGCGGUCAUAUCUGUAUUAGCUAUGAACUCUUAGGCACAAAUUUGUACGAGUACCUAAAAGAAAAAGACUUCUACCCGAUGGCGCUGUCUUUAGUUCGCGGGAUUGCGGCACGCAUGCUUAUCGCGUUGACCUUUCUCGCACGCGAGAACAUUAUGCACUGCGACUUAAAGCCGGAGAACAUUCUGAUACGCGGGUCAGACCCGUCUGUGGUGAAGCUCGUGGACCUCGGCUCUGCAAGCUUUGACGCAAGCUUCGACGCACACAACUCCUUCAUGUACAUCCAGUCCCGGUUCUACCGCGCGCCUGAGGUCAUUCUCGAGCAGAAGUAUACGAAGGCGAUUGACUGGUGGAGCUUUGGGUGCAUUUUGUGCGAACUCGCCAACGGUGACCCUGUCUUUCCAGGCGACGACGAGAAGGACCAGCUAGGAUGUAUCAUGGAGUACUUAGGGCCUCCACCUCAGAGCUUCAUCGAAGCUUCUUCUGCGCGAAGGAAGCGUGAGUUCUUCGACGGGCAUUUGCAGCCGCGAGAACGGCAAACCAAAAAAGGCAGAGUCCGCGUGCCGGGCUCCAAGUCGCUCGCAAAGUUUCUCGGCGUGCGGGAGGACGACGACUUUCUCAGCUUCGUCAUGCAGUUUCUGCAGUGGGACCCGGCUGCCCGCGUCUCUCCGCGCGAUGCGAUGCGGCACAAGUGGAUCCGUGAGGAGUUCGUUUUUCCAACGAACACCGAGGACAAGAGCACUGCUGCGGUAGCUCUCAACGCUGAGGCCUCUUCUUUGGCUGUCGCCCCUGAAUCGAAGGAAGGCGACACGGCUGCGAUGCCAGUGGGAGCGGCGCACGGAAAGCCAGUAUGGCAGGCGAGAGGGGAGGCGACAGCGGGGGUAGCCGCGAUACAUUCCGCCCAGCCGAACACGCGGGCGACACUGGAGCCUGCAGUUCGCGCAAGGCGCUCUGGCCCACUGCCGGGCGGCGACCAUUCUAGUCCCAGCGGGUCUUCUGUUCCACCACUGACUACUUCGAGCGACGGCAGCGCGCCGCGUGCGACGGCCCAGUCAACCGGGGGCGCCCCGCAACGAGCCACGGCGUCGCAUCGGCACAGUCGUCAGGCUGGCCGCGGUCGGCGGCGCCGCUCGACAAAUAUGACGGACGUGGAGAUGCUGGAUGCGACGACUACCCCCUCGAGUCUUAUCAUCACCGCAGAAACUAAAACACAGAAGACGCGCGACUUUUCACUGGCCACAGACGACGGUGGUGCCACCGCGUUGACGGCUGGCGGCACUACUUUGGCCCUUGACGUUCCUCGUGGUGGUGCGAGCGGGCACGAGCCUCCCGCGCUCAAGCGGGGUGUCCUCUCGCCGACGGUGCUGCCGCUGCCUGCGUUUCCGUCCGUCGCCACGACGCAUCAACCAACGCAGCGGACAGCCCCAAGGCGCGAUGCGGACCUUGCCGCGGCUGCGGCGACGGCUCCCAACGAGGAGGUCGGUCACGGUGCCAUCACGGCGGCCGCGUUUCCUUCUGCCAAAUCCAACCCUAACGACGGUCCCACCGCUCCCAGCAAGGCGGACAGGAAUAAUCGUGUGUUGGGGCGGCGGCGCAGCUCCGAAACGACUGGCGCAUCUGCUGCACAUUCAACCGAGAAGGAGCACGUCGAGGGAAACGUGAGGAGCGACGGCAAUGGUGUGCUGCUAUUUGCCAACGUGGCCGGAUUCAACACCGGUAACAAGGACCCGAGUCAUGAAAGUGUAAGCUACUCCGCAAAGCAGCGUUCGACGCAAGAGUUGGUGCCGCCCCUCCCGUUGAAAGACGCACAAGGAAAAGCACCAGCAGCCAGACGAAGAGAGUACUCGUUGGUCAUCGACGGCUCACCUUCGCCACCGCCCUACGAAGGCCAGCCUCCGGCCACGGAGAGGUCGCGUAUUCACACGAAAGAUUACACGAUGCCGUCGGAGUUAGGGCUGGAAGCAGGGAACCGAGGUAUCAGCCUCCUUAACGUAGGCCGCCCUCACGAGCCGGGCUCUUCUUUCAAUUUUCCUGCGAAGCAAUUGAACCACGUCCCUGUAGAUGAGGAGUUGCGCAGCAGCGAAGAAGCGGUCCUGCUUCUCAGCGUGCCAAAGGGGUCGUCAGCUCCCGGCUCUGCUGUCGGUGCUGGGGUAACGACGGCACCGCGACAGACGCGGGAAUCGGCCGCGCCGCCGCGCAGCACGCAACGCAGGAUGUCUUUCACACGUGAUGACGGCACGCGCGACUUAAAAGGGCCACACGAUCCCGAAGGCGCUUCUGGCGCAGUAGCUGAAGGGGCGGGAGGCCGUAAUCCAGCUUUGAACGGAUCUCAGCGGUUGGCACAGCCAAGGCAGGCGCUCGCGCAGCGACAGCGACAAAACAUGGUAGCAGGGCUUAUGGCGAAAAAAGAGCCUCCGUCUUCGACGACGGUGCUGCCUCCUCUAGCGAAGAAUUUUGUCAGGUAG